CAGGGGAUGGGGCGGCCGGGCUGCCGGCCGAGCGCCCCCGGCCAUGAUGCUGCUGAGCAGGAAGGCGGAGGGGCCCCUGGCCGCAGCCAGAUAUGGAGACGGAUUGUACGAUUCUUACAUGAGAAUAGAUCAGAUCAGGUACCAGGACCCCACAAAUGAAGAACACAGUCCGUCUGGACUUCCUUCACUUGGGAGAUCUAACGUCACUAGCAACAAACUCACAAUGAAGGAUCAUCCCCUGACUGGAAGUCAGGUCAAAGUUGAGCAAUUAUUUGAGGACUCUGGAAACAGAAGGAGCAGUACGCUUCAGUCUGCAGGGAUCAGUGUGUCGGAUAGAUCUCUUCCUUCCCUGACGAAAGAUAAAAGCACGGACAGCUUAGGCACAGCCAAAUCUAGUGGUAGUUCAUCAAAAACACAUAAAGCUGUCGCUCAAGCUCCAGAGCAAGCACUGAAACAGUAUAAACAUCUGUUGUCUGCCUAUGAGCAGCAAGAAAUAUUGAACUUCUCUGAAAUUUACUUUGUGGGUCCAAAUGCAAAAAAGAGGCAAGGGGUCAUUGGAGGGCCUAACAACGGGGGGUAUGAUGACGACCAAGGUAGUUACAUUCACGUGCCUCAUGACCAUCUUGCUUACCGCUACGAAGUCCUUAAAAUCAUCGGGAAGGGCAGCUUUGGGCAGGUGGCUAAAGUUUAUGAUCACAGACUCCACCAGCAUUUGGCCUUAAAGAUGGUUCGCAAUGAGAAGCGAUUCCACCGUCAAGCUGCGGAAGAAAUCCGCAUUUUGGAGCAUCUCAAGAAGCAGGAUAAGACUGGCAGCAUGAACGUUAUCCACAUGCUAGAAAGCUUUACCUUUCGGAACCACAUCUGCAUGACCUUUGAGCUCCUGAGCAUGAACCUGUACGAACUGAUCAAAAGAAACAAGUUUCAGGGGUUCAGCAUCCAGCUGGUACGCAAGUUCGCCCACUCGAUACUGCAGUGUUUGGACGCGCUCUAUAAAAACAAAAUCAUACACUGUGAUUUGAAGCCGGAGAACAUCCUCCUGAAACAGCAAGGGCGGAGUGGCAUCAAGGUGAUUGAUUUUGGGUCCAGCUGCUUUGAGCACCAAAGAGUCUACACGUACAUUCAGUCUCGGUUCUACAGGGCACCAGAGGUCAUUCUGGGGAGUCGCUAUGGGAUGCCUAUUGAUAUGUGGAGUUUUGGCUGUAUUCUGGUGGAGCUGCUGACUGGAUACCCUCUCUUUCCUGGCGAGGAUGAGGGAGACCAGCUGGCUUGCAUGAUGGAACUGCUUGGAAUGCCUCCUCAGAAGCUCUUGGAUCAAUCCAAGCGAGCCAAGAACUUCAUCAACUCCAAGGGUCAUCCUCGCUACUGCACGGUCACGACGCAUGCGGACGGAAGAGUGACCCUCAAUGGCAGCAGGUCACGCAGGGGUAAAAUGCGGGGUGCUCCAGGCAACAAAGACUGGGUGACAGCACUGAAAGGGUGUGAUGACCCCUUUUUUAUAGAGUUCUUAAAAGAAUGUCUUAGCUGGGAUCCUUCUGCACGCAUGACUCCAAGUCAAGCUUUAAGACAUCCUUGGAUUUGCAAACGAACACCCAAGCCCCCCAGCACUGAUAAAACCUCGACUAAACGGAUAUCGAACUACACAAGCUCUUUCCCAGGCAUUGGUUCCAAGUUGCCUCCAGUAGUUGGCGUGGCAAAUAAGUUGAGGGCCAAUUUAACGUCUGACUCCAAUGGCAGUAUACCUCUAUGCACUGUGCUACCAAAACUGGUCAGUUAAUGGAGAACGACAUACUUCCAGAGUUCUGUACCUUGUGUGUUAGUUUUCCUCCUAGUAAUCUGUAAGGUGGUGAAAUGCGGAGGUUUUUAAUGGCUUUCCUUUUUACUAAGCACUAAAUCUUGUUUAGAAAAAGUUGAAACGUAAACAUUUCAAGGGCUAAUUGUUUUAUCAAGCUGUUUCAGUUGCAGUGUGGUGCAUACGGCAUCACUUGAUAGGUCAGCACAUCUGUUUGGCUCAGCGCAGUGACAUGCUUUAACAGAUGUGCCAGGUUGGUUUGAGUGUCAUACAAAAAACAACAAGUCAGAGCAUUUCUUAUCAGGGCCAGUUCAGUCAGCAGAUGGCUUGGCACUGACAGCAGGCAAACUAGGUUUAAAAUGCUGCUGUUCUCUUGGAUAGAAGGAUCUCUGCUUUCUGUUUUAACUUGCAAAUGAAUUUUUGAACUUGAGGGAAGAUGUUGCAGAUCCACUGUCCAGAGUGCAAGUGUUUUAAUCUGAGAAGUCGGGAGGUCACUAGCAAGCUGCUCAUUUAUGUUUUAACAAUGUGAUUGUUCUGUCCUGCUUUCCUUUAACCCAUGGUGGCUGGGAUUUUUCAAAGGAGCCCAAGGGAAGUAGGCAUCAAAGGAGAUAGGAGCCUAAAUAUCUUAAGCUGGGAUGUUUGAAGGAGCCUACAGGCGUUUGGGGACAUAUUAGUUGUACAUAGAGACAUGUAUAUGCUGCUCCCAUUGAAGGGUGUCUGGGUGCACCUAAGAGCAGAAUUUGGCCCACAGCAUUAAGCGCAGGUUGCUCAAAUCCUCUUUUUGGAGUUUAAAUUCAAGCAUGUAUUUUGGCCCAGUGAUUCCUUCUCCAUCCCUCCCCAACUGAAAAUGCCCAUCCUAAGAACAAGCACCCUUGCUAUUGGAGGCUGCCUUAGAGAAAUGUCUGCAAUCCUGGCCUUUUAAAUCCCUUUUUCUCCUGCAGGGUGAAUUCCACUGGAUUACACUGAGCUGCUUCUUAAAAUAACAGAUGCUCCUUUUCUGCUAAGCAAGUUGAAUUUUUAAGGGCCGGGACUAUAGUGAGAGGCUGUGUAUGGGAUAAGACUAGUAGUUGAAGGAAUGGUCUGAAACCUUUCUAAAUGUCAUCUCUCAAAUACCCGACGAAUGCAGGUUAAACCAUCUAAGCAGAUUAGUGUCUUGAAACAAGGAAGUGCGUGGGGAAAAAUGACUUUGUUUCAAGUUGUGACCUCUCUGGUAUCUCCGAGAGGGUGAUGCCUCAACUGCUGUUUUGCGUGCUUCAAAUACACAUAAAGGCUAGGUACAGACAUUCAAAAAGUCCAAAGUGGAAUCAGUCGAAGUUACAUGGUUUUCUGUGAGCGGCGUAGUUUAGAUCGGUGGUGAACAGAGCGCACAUUCGCCCUUCAGUGGGGACGGCAAACCUUAGAUUGGGUUCUGCCAUUUUAAAACCAGUCUGUGUGUACUGACCUUCUGCUCCUUUAUGGGUACUAUAAACCUGUUUGCAAUCUCCGGUAAAAGUGUGAUGUCUGUACCUGGCCACAGGGUUUUUCUGUGUGUCUUUCUCUCUUCCCCAUUUCUCCCCUUCCUUGCCAAGAAAUGAAAUGGCAUUGUGAUCAGUAGAGACAGCAGCACAACUUGCUGAAACUGUUAAUCCAUGUAGCCCCAUGGUCUGAGCUGAGUCACAAAAACAUCUGAUCUCUUUCCAAGUGCUUGAACACAGUUCUAAAUACAAUUUAGAGCUUUUUUAUGAGCCAAGGAUUUUAAAUUUAAUGAGUUUCUCUGUAGCAAUUUUUUUUUUAUGGUAGGACAGGGAAGUUCCUAGUUACACAAUCAGUGGAGUGGUUGGUGUGGCCGGCAAAAUAAAUUGACCAAGCAUUUUAAAUCCAAGGCUCUUGUUAGGUGAUGUACGGUGCACUUUCUUAUUCCUGUGUUUACUUACAUUCAUCAAUGGCAUGUUGGAUCAGGGGCCCGGGUCCGUAAGGUUAAAAGCAUGUCAGAAUACCAGGAUAAAGCUUGUCCAGCUUGGGCUUCGGAUCUUGAUCAAUGGCAAACGCCUUGAAACCGGUUGGUAAAGUGACAGAGCUCAAGUUGAACAAAUAUGUCUAUUUGAUUUCUAAAUCCCAAACUUUCCCAAGAAACUUGGCCCUAUUAAGUAUUUGCAGUAUAUACUUUUUAUGUUUUGUUGAGUCGCCUUUCUACACAAGUGUCCAAUCAGCCUGCUUACUAGCUGUGGUAAGGCAAUACAGGCCAGCAUUUAGCCAUAUACAGUUAAUGGCUCCCAAAAGCCAUGGCCUACGAUCCUUGUCGGUUCCUGUUCCGCUUCCUAGGAGCUCACGAACAGUUUCUACAGUUGGCAAGGCAAAAGUUUUUUUUAUAGGUACAUUAGGCAGGCAUAUUUUUAGGCAUGCUAGAGGAUGCCUGCAGCUUUAGGAUCAUCUUGAAUAUAUAUGUAGCAUCUUGAUAAAUAAGAGAGACUCGAAUGAUUUUUUUUCUUUCCCCCUCUUUUCCUGGUACAGUGAACCUUCUGGCAUUGCAAAAUGGCAAACAAAGCAAUGGCAGGGAGAAACACCUUGACCCUGAUUUGGCAGGGUCCCCUGAUCAUACGCUUAGCUUUAGCAUGAGUCCAGUUCAUCUAGGACUACCCAUAUAUAUAAAAAUAGGACCGUGUUUAAGUACUUGGCUAGAGUGGUGCCUGCAUCCCAGGAUCACAGCAGACAGGGGAAGGGAGAUGUUGGUGAUCUUAGAGGAUUUCUGCUAUAUUGACAGGUAAAUUUCUGUUCUGAAAAAGAAGUCAGUGGGCAAAUUUGGCUCUGUCCUGCACUCAUUCACCCCCAUUGACUUCAGUAUAAUUUAAUACGUGUUUAUGUUUAUACUCUUGGCAAAAUUUGACCGGAUAGCCCAGAAGCAGGACGCACAUCUGAAUUCAUAAUGGUGUGAAAGGGGGAACUAGAAGCCUGGUCCUGCAAGCCCUCUAAACGCCGAACCCUUUGUGAGGGCAUGUGGGAAUGACACACGUGCAGUCUUUGGAAGCUAAAAC